AUGGACGAAAUUCUCAAUAUUCCAGCUGCAGUGAAUUUCGAUGAGUCCAUUGCUCAUUAUGAAAUUCAUUCUCAUCAACCAUAUGCUUCAUCAUCUUUUAACAAUAGUGAUGAAAUUCGAAUUGCAGUUCAACAUCAAGACUUGUGCAUUCUACCAAGCAAAAGUUCAUUACACAUUUUUGGACGAUUAACUAAAAAUGAUGGAAUUACUGAUACACAAAAUAUGCAUUUAGUCAGCAACGCUAUCUGUUUUUUGUUUGAUGAAAUUCGCUAUGAAUUGAAUGGUAUUGAGAUUGAUCGAUGCAAAUAUGUUAGUCAUACAACUAUAAUGAAAAAUUACGUUUCUAUAACCCCUCCUCAGCUAAAUGUUAUUGAAAAUGCUGGGUUUUCAAAAAUUACAUUGGAUUCAAGAAUUACAUUGGAAAAUGGAUAUUUUGAUGUUACAAUACCAUUAAGCAUGAUUUUUGGAUUUGCUGAGGAUUAUAAAAAAAUUAUUAUAAACGCUAAACAUGAACUCAUUUUAACAAGAGCACGUACUGACAUGAAUGCCAUAAUUCAGACAGGUCAAGGGGGUGAUGAGCAAUUCAAAAUUGUAAUUAAUAAACUUGAAUGGAUGGUUCCAUACAUUUUACCCGCUGAUAAUAAUAAAGUGAAACUAUUGAAAUUUAUUGAAAGAGAUGCUUUAAUUUCAAUAAGUUUUCGAUCAUGGGAAAUGUAUGAGUAUCCUUUAGUUCCUACGAGUUCAAAAGUCCUAUGGCAAAUUAAAACUUCAACACAAUUAGAAAAACCUCGAUAUGUAAUUGUUGGAUUUCAAACAGCGAGAAAAGAUAAACGAAGAAUUAAUGCCUGUCAUUUUGAUCAUUGUAAUAUUACAAAUGUUAAACUCUUUUUAAAUUCACAAUAUUAUCCUUAUGGAAAUUUAAAUCUAAACUUUGAUCAAAAUCAGUAUGCUCUUCUUUAUGAAAUGUACUCUAAUUUUCAAACUUCUUAUUAUGGAAAAGAAUCAAAACCUAUUGCAUCAGUUGAUGUAAGAUUAGAAUUUGAAGCAAGUAAUAACAUGCCAGCUGAGACCACUGCCUAUUGCCUUAUUAUCCAUGACCGUGUUGUGCAGUAUAAGCCAAUCAGCGGAGUCGUCAAAAAGCUGAUGUAA